GCAGCCAUUUCAACAAACCACGUCAUGUCCCCCUCUUUCUCUUUCUUCACACAGAGGGUUCUUCUCAUCUCACACACUCUCUCUCUGUAUCACGUCGGUAACCAUUGGAGCUUAUAAACAAGAGAAAGGGAUUUAGGAAACCCCCCAUUGUCAAUUUCCCACUUCAAACUCAAAUGUAUGAAGCCAGAGGCUGGAGAUAGCUGCAGUUUUAGUGCUAGGUGUUCACGCCUCUACUCUCCGUUGAUAGAAUACAAUAACCAAGAGGAAAGGCUGCUGGAAGUCCAGCUUGGGUCACAUACUGUAAGGUCCCAUGGAGUCACAGUGGCUAGGAUGCACAUGCAUGACUGGCUUAUAAUGAUGCUUCUUGUGGUAAUAGAUGUUGUCCUGAAUCUUAUCCAUCCAUUUCCUCGCUUUGUCGGGAAAGACAUGAUGGAUGAUCUCAAGUAUCCCUUAAAAGAUAACACAGUUCCUCUAUGGGCUGUUCCUAUGUAUGCGGUUCUGUUGCCUAUAGCCAUCUUUCUCUUCUUUUAUUUUCGUAGGAAGGACGUCUAUGAUCUUCAUCAUGCUAUACUAGGCCUUUUAUUCUCUGUUUUGGUAACAGCAGUUCUCACUGAUGGUAUAAAGGAUGCAGUUGGUCGGCCUAGACCAGACUUUUUUUGGCGAUGUUUUCCAGAUGGAAAGGAUAUUUAUGAUCAAUUGGGAGAUGUUAUAUGCCAUGGACAGACAAGUAUUGUAAAGGAAGGACAUAAAAGUUUUCCAAGUGGGCAUACUUCAUGGUCCUUUGCUGGUCUGGGAUUUCUCUCAUUGUAUUUAUCUGGAAAGAUAAAAGCAUUUGAUCGUAGAGGCCAUGUUUCAAAACUGUGCAUUGUUUUUCUUCCUUUACUUAUUGCAUCUUUGGUUGCCAUUUCUCGAGUUGAUGACUACUGGCACCACUGGCAGGAUGUGUUCGCUGGAGGUCUCUUAGGUCUCACGGUGGCCAUAUUUUGUUACUUGCAAUUUUUCCCACCUCCGUAUCAUGCUGAAGGUUGGGGGCCUUAUGCUUAUUUUCGGGAGUUAGAGGAAUCACGUGCAGCUUCACAAGCAACUAUUGUGAAUUCAAAAAAUGCACAGUCCAGAGAGGCUCAUAUCGGAUGUCAACAAGAUGAAAGAAACAACAAUGCAUUCAUGGGGAUAUCUUUAGCAGGUGAUUCUAGUUUGAAAGCGGAAGAUUUGGAAUCUGGGAGGAGGUAAUUUUGAAAUUUUCUACUAAUUUUUAGUAACCUUCGUCAUUGUACUUCAGGUAUUACGAUGUACAUGUGAAUAUUGUUUGACCAUUUUCAAUGCCAACUAUUUUUGUAUAUGAUUGAGUCUGGGGUUGCAUUUUUCAUUAGCAGUUUGAGAUGCUGUUGAAUUGCUUUGUUGAGAAAAUUACUAAUAAUUGAACAUAAACACUUGCCCAUCUGAAAAGCUCGCUUUUCUCUUCUUCUUCA